AUGACAGAGUUACGUCGCUCCGCUAGAGUCGCUUCAAAACCACUACCAGCUCAACAGGAAACUCUCGACCACCCCCCGGCUAAAAAAGCCAAGAAAGCAGAUACUGCGAAAGAAGUAGGACUGGAAGCAGAAGUAGAUGGAAUAUGUGAAACUAAAGAGAUUCAAAUUGGUGACGAAAUCCCUGAUAUCACCUUGUUGAAUCAGGAUGGAAACAAUAUCAAUUUACCAGCAAUUGCUAAAAAUAACAAGUUUGUUGUAAUUUUUGCUUAUCCCAAGGCAUCGACGCCAGGGUGUACUAGACAAGUUGCUGGAUUUCAAAAGAAUUACAAAUUUUUACACGAUAACAACGUUGCUGUGUUUGGCUUGUCAUCAGAUGAGCCAAAAGCACAAAAGAAUUUCCAGGUCAAACAAGGCGCAGAAUAUGACUUGUUAAGUGAUCCUAAAAAGAAAUUGAUUGGUGUUUUGGGUGCUAAGAAACAGCCAUCAGGAACCAAAAGAUCGCACUGGAUUUUUAAAAAUGGAACAUUGGCAAUUAAAAGAAUCCAAAUUUCACCAGAAGAAAGUAUUGAAGGUGCAAAAAAGGAGAUUGAAAAAUUUAUAGCUGAAAAUGGUGAUGAAAAAGAGACAGAGAAUGGGGCCAACGCCAAAGCUGAAUCUACUGAAUCUACUGAAUCUACUGAAUCUACUCAACCUGCCAAACCUACUGAAUCUACUGAAGCUACUGAAGCUACUGAAGCUGCCGAAGCUGCCGAACCUACAGCUGGCAGCAACACUGAAGAACAUGAAGUAAAAGAAGGCGUCAAGGAAGACACGAACGAGUCCGCAAAAGUUUCUGAGCCUAAAGAAGAAAAAGAAGAAGCAGAGAGACAGAAGCCAAGUGAAAUUAAAGACGAACAAGAAGCCGAGUAA